AUGAAGCGAGCGCACGACGACGAGGACGGGCGCCGGGCAGGCUCCUGGGCCAGCUGGACGCGCGUGCUGAAGCAUGUCCCGCUCUUAAGCUCCUUCCUAGGCGACGAACAUGAGCCCGCGCCGGCGCCGCCCACGCCGACGCGCCGCCCCAAGUCGCCGCUCAAGACGGCGCCGCUCUCGCCGGCGCGCCGGUCGGGCUUCACGUUCGCCCGCAUUGGCCUCAGCGACGACCAGCCCGAGGCCGAGGCCAAGGCCGAGCCCGUCCUCGACUCGAGCGUGCACGAUCAAGGCGACGACGAGCAGUAUGUGCCCGGCACGUACUCGGAGCCGGUCGUGCGGUAUGCGCGCGCGCGCACGGACGAGCCGCUCGUGCCGAUCAACUUGUUUGAAGAACGGCCGGCCAAGCAGGCCAAGCUCUCGCGCGGCGCCUUGAUCAAGUCGUAUGCUCUUUCUCGCGAAGAGCGCCGCCUGAAGCGCCCGGCGCCGAGCCGCCUCCUCGCGGCGCAGUCGAUGGACGAGCGGCAAGAGCACGCCAAGGCCGUCACGGACCGCAUCCUCGCGACGCUCCAGGCGCUCGAGACGGACCCGCUGGCGCAAGAGGCAAAGAAGCCGCUCCCGAGCAUGAGCAUGUCGUGGAAGAAGUACCAUCUCGAGGUGCAAGACGACGCGACGACGACGAACGACGUGGAUAUGUCGAGCGAGAGCCCCAAGGCCGCGUUCCCGACGCAGAGCCUGCCCAUCUUUGCGCCGCUGCCGCCGGUCGUCCAGCCGCCGACGUCCGUGGGCCCGCCGCCCGUGCUAUCGACCGUGACCGUUGCCCCGACGCCAGCGCCGUCGGCGCCGGCGGUCUUUGUCGCGCCCAAGCCAGCGACUACCACCGUGCGCAAGGCCGCCGGCAACGUGUUUACGUUUGGCUUGCCGCCCAAGGACACGGAGUUUACCUCGAAGGAGUCGCUCAUGAACGUGCCCGUCGCGUACGCCUUCUCCAAGCCGCCGUCGAUGAAGGUCGCACCCGUGAAGGCGCUCACGUCGCAGAAGCCGGCCAUGCAGCCGCUGCAGGUUGUGCCGACGGCGGCUCCGGUCGCGUCGCCGCCAACGUUUUCCAAGCCGACGGCGCCGACAACCAGCACCGGCUCCAACCCACUCGACAAGUUUAAGCAGUCGGCGCCCGGUGGCUGGAAGUGCCCGUCGUGCUACGUCGCCAACAAGGACACGCAGACCAAGUGCCCAUGCUGCAACACGGACAAGCCGUCGGCCACGCCCGUCGUCGCCGCCGCACCUGUCGCACUGUCGCUCCCUGUACCCGUGGCCCCGACGUCGACGCCAGCGCCGGCCAUGGACAGCGGCAACCCGCUGGCGCGCUUCUUGGUCCAAGCACCCGGGACGUGGCAGUGUCCGGGAUGCAAGGUGCGCAACAAGGCGGCGCAGGCCAAGUGCCCGUGCUGCAACACGGAUCAGCCGACGGCCGAGCCUGCGCCCGUGGCUGCGACCGAGCCCGAGUCGAAGAAGAAGCGCAAGGCCUCGGACGACGGCAGCAGCGCGCCAGCCAAAACGGUGUUUGCAUUCACGGCACCGACGGCCGAAGCUCCGGCGCCGGUCGAUGUCACGGACAAGCCGCUGCCGACGUUUGGGUUUAGCGCGCCACCGGCCAAAAGUGCGGCUGGCGUUUCCUUUGGCAUCUCGUCGACCGACAAGCCGGCGGACAAGCCAGCUGCGGGCUUUAGCUUCACUGCCCCGGCAGCCGACAAGCCGGCCGACAAGCCCGCCGCCGGCUUCAGCUUUAGCGCUCCCGCGGCCGACAAGCCGGCAGACAAGCCUGCUGCGGGCUUCAGCUUCAGCGCUCCCGCGUCGGACAAGCCGGCAGACAAGCCUGCCGCCGGCUUCAGCUUCACUGCCCCGGUGGCCGACAAGCCGGCAGACAAGCCUGCUGCUGGCUUCAGCUUUAGCGCUCCGGUGGCCGACAAGCCGGCCGACAAGCCUGCUGCAGGCUUCAGCUUCAGCGCUCCCGCGUCGGACAAGCCUGCUGCCGGCUUUGGCUUCAGCGCUCCCGCGUCGGACAAGCCUGCUGCCGGCUUUGGCUUCGGCGCGUCGACGGCUGACAAGACCUCGACCGGCUUUGGGUUUGGUGCCUCUUCUGCGUCUGCAGACAAGCCGGCGGAGAAGCCUGCCUUGGGCUUUGGCUUUGGUGCUGCAACGUCGACCGACAAGCCGGAAGAGAAGAAGACGUCAAUGAACUUUGGCUUUGGCGCUGACAAGCCCGCGGAUGCUGCCGCCAAGCCGGUGGAGAAGCCCGCUGAGAAGGCGACCAUGUCGUUUGGCUUUGGCGCGACGGCGGACAAGGCGGCGCCCAGUUUGGGUUUUGGAGCGGCCAAGGACACGACCGAGAAGCCUGCGUUGACGCCGUCUGCCGACAAGGCGCUUUCGUUCGGCGCGGACAAGCCCACGGCGUCGCCGUCGUUUACGUUCGGCGCCAACAAGACGGCCGAGACGCCCGCCCCGUCGACGUCGUUCAACUUUGGCGCGUCGGCCGACAAGCCGGCGACCGCGUUUGGCGACAAGCCGACGUUUACGUUUGGCGGUGCGCCGACCGAGACGCCUGCGUUCAGCACGCCGGCGACGACGGAAGCCACGCGCAACGCGACGCCGUCGUCGUUUGGCUUUGGCAGCAGCGCACCGACGACCUUUGGCGCGUCAACCUCGGCCUUUGCCUCGCCGUCGCCCACGACCGCCUUUGGUGCUGCACCGGCCGCGACGCCGGCUGCUCCCGCACCUGCCUUUAACGCUGCGCCGAGCUUUGGCGCCCCUGCUCCUGCAGCGGGUGCUGGCUUUGGCGCGGCGCCGGCUCCCUCGGCCUUUGGCGCCCGACAGCUCCCUCGGCCUUUGGCGCCCCGACGGCGUUCGGUGGCAACAACAACAACAACAGUGGCUUUGGCGCGCCGGCGGCCUCUGCAUUCCGGCGGGGCCCCAGGGUUUGGCGCGCCCAAUGGCUUCGGUGCUGCUCCCGCGGCUCCGUUUGGCGGCGGCUUCAACGCGGCGCCUCCUGCUGCUGCGGGGGGUUUCUCGAUGGGCCAGGCGCCGCCCAAGCAAAGCGGUGGCCCGCGUCGUAUUGUGCGGGCGCGCUCGGUACGCAAGUAGGUAACACACAAGUAAUAUUAAUAUAACACGCAGCGGGUCUUGUACGACGCUGGCUUUGAGUGCA